AAAGUCAAAAUUAACACUAAUACAUCAAAGAUUCUGUAUCUAUAUCCUAACAUUCAUUCCAAUAAAUCACAAUCAUUUUGCAUCAAUUUGAGUGUCGAAUUCUUAUUCACUACGAGUAUUACUUGCUGUCCAAGAAUUCGCACCAAGGUUACAAUCUCAUAUUCUAUUCAAUUUCUUGAAUUGAAAUUCCUAAAUUAAUUCAUGUCUUUUAAGUUUUUUAAUUGCUUUUAUCAUUUUCUUGAUUUUGACUUUUAUUGAUACUUUGACUGCAAAAAGGUUUGACCCUUUUCACUCUUUCGUGUGCAAUCAAUUAGGAUUGCUAUCUGGGUAUGAUCCAAUUGCAAUAAAGUUUAGCCUUUUUAGUGUUCGGAACCAAUUUAUGAAAUUAGGGUUUUGUGCUGAGUUGAUCAAUGAGAUGAAAUAAAGUUAGGAUCUUUGUUUGAUUUUAGUAGUUGAAUAAAUUUUGUGGGUAUUGUUUGUUUGCAAUGGGAGAUGAAAACCCACAAAAUGUUAUGAAUCUUGAUUUAAAUUUGGGGCCUAUUGGUGAGAAUGAGCCAAGGGGUUUGAAUUUGGAAGAUUGGUUAGGUGGGCAGGUUAGGGAGUCGGUUGGGAACCGGAGUUUGGCUAGGCAACGAUGGAGGUCGAUAUGGAGGCCGGUUCUUUUUAAUAUGGAUAGUAGGAACGGGUUAGAAACCGGGGAGGGAAGUGUGGUGGCGGAUGAUGGGAGGCCGUCGUUGGAUGUGACUAAGACGUGUGAGAAUGGUAAUGGGUUACUAGAAAACGGCAUUGUAGGAGAGAAGGAAGAUGUUGUGAAGAGUAAUGGAGAUGAAGGUAGUUUUUAUGAUUGUAAUAUUUGUUUUGAUAUGGCGAGUGACCCUGUUGUUACUUGCUGUGGACAUUUAUUCUGUUGGCCGUGUCUUUAUCGUUGGCUGCACAUUCACUCUGAUGUUAAAGAAUGUCCAAUUUGCAAAGGGGAAAUGAAUACUAAAUCGGUAACUCCAAUUUAUGGUCGUGGGAACCCUUCACGUGUUGUCGAGGAAGAUGGGAGUCUAAAGAUUCCUCAUAGGCCUCAAGCUAAGAGAGUCGAGAGCUGGAGACAAACCAUUCAAAGAAAUGCUUUUACUAUGCCAAUGGAGGAAAUGAUUCGUAGGCUGGGGAGUAGAUUUGAUUUGACUCGUGAUUUGGUUCAGGGCCAUCCUCUUCUUCCUGAUAAUUCACGGGAAUUUUUGGAGAGGAACAACUCAUUAUUAAAUCGAUAUUUGACUUCUAGUGGAUUGAGAACAGACGACAAUCCUACAUUGGUGCCACCGUUUCAGAGUCAUCAAGAACAGACACCAUCAACAGAAGAUCGGGAUUCAGUGUCAAGUAUUGCUGCUGUAAUACAAUCCGAAAGCCAACAGACAGUUGAUACUGCAGCUGAAAUUGAUUCACGUGUAUCUUUAUCAACUUCUUCAUCUAGAAGGAGGAGUGAAUCUUCAAGGGUCUCUGAUGUCGAUAGUGGAGAUUCUCGCGCACCUAGAAGGCGGCGUUUGCACUAAAAAAGAACAUUUCAUUGACUAUUGGCAGUUUUCUUGCAAACCUGAGACUUCACCGUUAGCGUGUUCUCGGUCUAGUUAUGUUUUAGUUUCUGUAAAUAAUCCCCUUAGCUUUUACUUCAUAUAAUGUACGUCUUUCAUGUGCUAAAUAAUGUAUGAUCUCGUUUCCAUUUUUGAGAAA